AUGGAGAUAUUACAUCAGCAGUAUGGAUUGCCCCAUGACGUAGCAAAGGAGAGCGCAGCGUCUUUUCUGCGGGCCUUUCGCGCGCAACCUGAUGACGAGUCUUACGCCCUUGAUGAAUGGCCUGCUCACUUAUGGCGCAACUCACUACCUAAGAACUACAGGCAUAUCGCCAAAAACAUAUCAGACGAAUGGUUAAAAUUGAGAUUUAAAAAUUUAGCUCUGACUCCUGAUGUUAUACAUCUAUUAGAAUCAUUACGGGAGGAUUAUCUACUCGGUCUGAUCACGAACGGGCCAUCGCGAGCCCAGUGGCAGAAGAUCAAACUUCUCGAUCUCCGGAAGUACUUCGACUGCGUGCUGGUCUCUGGAGACUUGCCGUGGGAGAAGCCAGAUCAAAAUAUCUUUCUGGAAGCCUGUAAGCUACUUAACGUCGAAGCACGAACAUGUAUUAUGGUUGGUGAUAAGCUGGAGACUGAUAUUAAGGGUGGGAAAGAAGCAGAGUUAGGGGGCACGGUAUGGAUUCCACUGCAGAAAGAUGAGAUGGAAUCUGAUUUACCCGAUUUCACAAUCAAUAAGGUUACUGAGCUGCCGGAAGUACUGCCUGCUUCACCAAAACUCAAACGCUCAACACUUCUAAUGAAUGCUUGUUGA